UGACACAAAGAAAAAGGCGCCUUAGUCUUCAACUGUACCUAGACGCUUCAGGGGAAGAAGAAGCUCUGUGACACCGAUUUGCUUACAGCUUCGGUGUCUCCGCCUCCCAUCUCUUCCCUUGAAUGUUUUCCUCCUAGAUUCAGUAGCAUUCAUUUUAUUUUUUACUUGGAUUAUAGAUUUCACCUUCAGUUUGUUCAAUUCCUCUUUUGGGGAGGAAUCUCUAUUCUCUGUUUGCAAUUUCUGUAAAACUGAAAUGUCGGUGAUUUCAAAUUACAUAGCCUGUAGUCUCCGUGAUUGCGCGGCUAAUCAUUCUGAUGGAAAGUUCAAUUCUGGGCUUGUUCCCCGCGUAAAUUGGAGAGUCACCAACAGGAUUUCUAUGCCUUACCAGAGUAGUACAUUUCCAUUAGCUGUUGGUCACUCAAGCUGCACAGCUACAAAAGAUGGGAGCAUAUUGGUAGAUGAGAGGCUAGCGCCUGGCAGAAAUAUGUCCGAGCGCUCAGGCGUCUUGGCUUAUGAUCUUGUUCAAGGAGAACUUGUACAAUGGAGCUCUGCAAUGGACAAGUCAAUGCCAGAUCCACCAACAGCUGUGCUUCUGCAUGGCAUUCUAGGUAGCCGAAAAAACUGGGGGACAUUUACUCGGAGAUUGGCACGGGAAUUUCCAAUGUGGCAGUUUCUUUUAGUAGACCUGCGAUGCCAUGGUGAUUCAGCUUCAAUGAAGAAGAGGGGGCCCCACACUGUUGCCUCAACAGCUUUUGAUGUCUUAAAACUAGUUGCUCAGCUUAGAAUGACUCCCCGGGUUCUUAUUGGCCACAGCUUUGGAGGAAAAGUUGUCUUGAGCAUGGUGGAACAAGCUGCAAAGCCUCUUGCGAGAUCAGUUAGAGCUUGGAUUCUAGAUGCUACGCCUGGAAAAGUUCGAGCUGGUGGAGAUGGAGAGGAUCAUCCAGCAGAAUUGAUAUCUUUCCUGCGCAAGCUGCCAAAGGAGGUCUCCUCAAAGCGAGAGGUUGUGAAUGCUCUUCUGCAGGAGGGAUUUUCUACAGAUGUUGCGCAGUGGGUGGUAACUAAUCUUCAACCAAAUGGUCCUGGUUCAUCAUUGGGCUUCUCAUGGGUAUUUGACCUUGAUGGGAUUGCUGAAAUGUACAAAUCUUAUGAAGAAACAAAUUUAUGGAAAUUUGUUGAAAAUUUGCCUCGAGGGGUUCAUGUCAAUUUCCUCAAGGCUGAAAGGAGUUUGCACAGGUGGGCCCUUGAAGAUCUGCAGAGAAUUCAUGCUGCCGAGGAUACGGCUGCUGAGGAGGGAGGUGGAGUUGAAAUGCAUGUCCUUGAAGAUGCUGGCCAUUGGGUACACGCUGAUAACCCAGAUGGGCUUUUCAGGAUUCUUUCUUCUUCUUUCGGGGGAUUUAAAGCCCGAAGGUGUUGAAUCACUGGUUGCGCUUGUUUUGGAUACGACAGCCAUAAAUUACUCAACUUUUUCAUGUAAUCUUUUUUAUCGUACCACAAAUUUAUCAAGUGAUCCACCCAUUUGUACCAUAGGCUUAGAGUAUAAUUUUGGUUUCUUGGAAAUUUUCAUGUUGGAGCAUGCUUGUGCUAGGAGUAAUCCUGGUAACAAGCUUGUCAACAAAUCUGAGUUGUUUUGAGUUUUGACUCCUUUCAGGGUUGAUUAAUUUUUUUAAUAGAACUCUAGAUCUGCUCAGUCCUUAAAAAACUACAUAAUAGCCAACUGUUAUAGAUAUGUAUUUCAGUUCGUUGGUUCCAUUGAAUGAUUAUGAAGUUAUUGUUAUUAUUAUUUUUUGAGAUAAUAACAACAAAAAAAUUCAUUUUUUUC